ACACUGUCUUAGAGCGGCACCGGCAAGCCAGAACACACCGAACACGGAGCACACCGCAACGACGUUAGACGCUUUUCGAACGAGUGAUAAUGUCCGCCCCGUGUAUGUGUUCGCACAAUUUCAUCCCUUGAGACGUCUUCGUUUCUUCUCGGCCUUUUUUUUGUCUUCAUUAGAUCUGGUGAUAAUGCCGAACUAAAAAACGUCUUUCCUCGAAAUCCCACGGACUCCGACAAACUGAAAAGUUGAAAGGCGGGACAAUUGCGCAACCGUAACCCACCAACAAUAAGCACGUGGCAUCCCUCGCCCUCGUUUGCAUUAUCAAAUGCCCAAAAACAGCAAAGCCGUCAAGAGAGAGCUUGACGACGAUGUCACAGAAUCGGCCCGGGACCUGCUUUCCAACGAGGACGCCUGCGACGAUUCCUUCAAGAAGAGCUCGUUGAUCAUCGGCGACCAUGACGGCGACGGCAAGGAGGGUGACGUGGAAGAGGGCGGCUCCGACGGUGAGGAGGAGGAAGAGGAGCGGCCGGCCUGGAACAGCAAGCUGCAAUACAUCCUGGCCCAGGUGGGCUUCUCCGUAGGCCUCGGCAACGUCUGGAGGUUUCCGUACCUGUGCCAGAAGAAUGGCGGAGGGGCUUACCUGGUGCCCUACUUGAUCCUGCUGGUGUUGAUUGGCAUCCCGCUUUUCUUCCUGGAGCUGGCAGUGGGUCAGCGCAUCCGUCGGGGCAGCAUCGGCGUGUGGAACUACAUCAGCCCUCGACUUGGGGGUAUCGGCUUCGCGAGCUGCGUGGUGUGCUUCUUCGUGGCUCUCUACUACAACGUCAUCAUCAGCUGGAGCCUCUUCUACUUCUCACAGUCCUUCCAGCAACCGUUGCCAUGGCACGAGUGUCCGCUGGUCAAGAACAAGAACAGCACAUUUGUGGUGCCCGAGUGUGAGAAGAGCUCGGCCACCACCUACUACUGGUACCGCGAGGCCCUGGACAUCUCGGACAGUAUCUCCGAGAGCGGAGGACUCAACUGGAAGAUGACGCUGUGCCUGCUGGGGGCCUGGUCCAUGGUCUGCCUGGCCAUGAUCAAGGGCAUCCAGUCGUCCGGGAAGGUGAUGUACUUCAGCUCGUUGUUCCCUUACGUGGUGUUGAUCUGCUUCCUGGUUCGCUCGCUACUCCUGGAGGGCUCCAUGGACGGGAUUCGCCACAUGUUCACACCAAAGCUGGAGCUCAUGCUGGAGGCCAAGGUUUGGCGCGAGGCGGCCACGCAGGUGUUCUUCGCGCUGGGCCUGGGCUUCGGCGGCGUCAUCGCCUUCUCCAGCUACAACAAGCGCGACAACAACUGUCACUUUGACGCCGUGCUGGUGUCCUUUAUCAACUUCUUCACAUCGGUGCUGGCCACCCUGGUGGUGUUCGCCGUGCUCGGCUUCAAAGCCAACAUUAUGAACGACAGAUGCGUGUUGCUCAACAGCAACAAGAUUGCGGAUUUGCUGGGCAACGGCAUCGAGGCCAACCUGAUCCCCAACCACAUCAACCUCAGUCAAAAGGUGAGCGUGGACGACUACCAUCAGAUGAUCGACAUCAUCCGAGGAGUCAAGGAGGACAACUUUAGCAAACUCGGACUGGAGUCCUGCAGUAUCGAGGACGAGCUCAACAAGGCAGUGCAGGGCACAGGCCUGGCGUUCAUCGCCUUCACGGAGGCCAUGACGCACUUCCCGGCCUCUCCCUUCUGGUCGGUCAUGUUCUUCCUCAUGCUGAUUAAUUUGGGCUUGGGCAGCAUGUUCGGCACCAUCGAGGGCAUCCUCACGCCGCUCAUCGACACCUUCAAAGUGCGCAAGGAACUCUUGACGGUGGGCUGCUGCGUGCUGGCUUUCUCCCUCGGGCUGGUGUUCGUGCAGCGCUCGGGCAACUACUAUGUUACCAUGUUUGACGACUACUCGGCCACGCUGCCGCUGCUCAUCGUGGUCAUCCUGGAGAACUUGGCCGUCGCUUGGUUCUACGGCAUCGACAAGUUCUUUGAGGACCUGAAGGACAUGCUGGGCUUCAGGCCGUACCGCUUUUACUACUACAUGUGGAAGUUCAUCACGCCCAUCCUGCUGCUGGUUCUGCUAUGCUCCAGCUUUGUCCAGCUCAUCAAGACGCCGCCCAGUUACAGUGCCUGGAUACAGGAGCAGGCCCAGGAGAAGCUGGUGGGCUUCCCUCCAUGGGGCGUGGCGGUGUGUAUCUCCCUGGUGGUGGUGGCCAUACUGCCCGUGCCGGUGGUCUUCGCGCUGCGCUACUUCAGCGUGAUCGACGACGGCGCCGGCGGCAUCUCGGCCGUGUCCUACAAGAAGGGCCGCAUCAUCAAGGAGAGCAGCGUGCCCGGCGAAGGCGACGACGCCAGCCUCCUUCACGCCAAGACCACGCCCAGCGAGGUGCCGUCGCCCAUGCUCGCCAACGGCAUCUACCGCAAGCAGAGCGCCGGCGGGGGUCCCGAGGCGGACGCCGCGCCCAACGGUCGCUACGGCAUCGGCUACCUGAUGGCCGACGUGCCGGACAUGCCCGAGUCGGACUUGUAGUGCGGCCCCCGUUCUUCCCGUCUAGUCCUCCAUGUGUGUACCGCAUAGUCUUUGUAAAACAGCCUAGCUGCUUUAUUUCUUAUCUUUUCUUCUUUGUCGUCUCUGAACCUUAACAUUUUAAAACAACAAAUCCUAGGCAGGGAAUAUACACUCACAGGUCACUUCAUUAGGCACACCAUAGCAGAAGUCACUUGACACCAUCCCGCCUCUAAAAAUAAAAAUGUUCAGGGUUCAUUUCUAUUAGACAGGCAUCCAAUCGAAGGGGUUUCUUGAAAUGCCUUUUUUUUAAGGUCUGAAUGAGUGCGAUCUGCCAUUAUUUUAUCAAUUCAAUGAAAUGAAAUAUUUGCUUUAUUGGUUUUUAAAAAUGAAUUUAAUGCUCUUGCUGGCCAAAUCGGGUCAAGGAUCGCCAAACUCCAAAUUAACGUUUACUAGAAACGUUUAAACUAAAAAAAAAAAUCACCUUAACCCCCCUCAACCGAUGCAAGAUAUGAAAACUACCCCAAAAGAAAUUUCCCGGUGUACCUAAUGUUGUGUCUGACGAUCGUGUGACUGUUGCCAUCCCCCUCCCCUCCCGCACUUAGUCCAUCUUUGGAUCACUCGUCCGUGCUACUGAAUACAAAAGUGUGAGCAAUAAGGUGGACGUGCCACCGAGCCUACAUGAGAAAGUAAGAAUGUGUGUGCGAGAGAACGUGUACAUUCAAAAAGUUCCACGAUUGGGUUGAGGCUAACGAGUGCCUACAUCGUCAUUUAUAGAAUACGCCAUGUUUGUAUAGUUUCAGUAUUCUGUAUAUAUCAUAUAAAUAUAUUUAUCUGCGUUAUUUGGAUAAAUGUAAUUAAGGUUCAGUCAUCAAAUCGUCAUUAUUAACGUCAUUGUUUUUUUUUAACUAAUGUGUUCAUGAGGACCGAGUCCUUGUCUUUGUAAAUAGUUUGUUCUGUCCAUCAAAUGGCUUGAAAACAUACAGCAAAGAAAUGUCUUUUUUCCCCUUCCUCUUCUUCGACAUUAAAAUCUGACCCAAAAACACGA